GAAGAUGUCUCAGAUGUCUCAGACUUUGAAGAUGAAGAAGAGGAAAUCGAGUGUGAGUUAGUUGAGCCUGAACCGUCGCAGAAGUUAGCACCGAAGCAUCCCAUGGAAGACGCGUCAGCACCAUCUACGAAAGAGGGGGACUUAUCAGAAGAGCAAAUAAGACGAAUGGACAAAUCAUUGCAGGAUGUUCCUGAUGAAGACUUCGAAGACGAGGAUGAAGAGCUUGAGCCAGAACUGAUCUCUGAGCCGAAAGAACCUAAUCGAAAGCCAAACAUCAAAUUUGAGGAACCGCAAAAAACCAAACCAACCAUCACAUCUGAGAAUCCGUCUCCCGAGUCCACGGUGAAUGGUCCGAAAAAACCAGAACCGCCGGGGAGAAAGGGAACUAAUCUAAACAAUUCACCUGAUAAGGCCGCACCACAACGACACACACCCAGAGAAUUAUAUAAUGCUCCAGAGGAUGGGGAAAGUGACGUUGAAGAAGAACCUGAAUUAAUUUCUGCUCCGAAUGACGAUAAGCCAUCACCAAGUAUCAAGUUUAAAGAUCCUGAAUCAAAACCAAAAUCACCUCCAAAAAGGCCCCUUAGGGUCAAGCCUGGAGAGGGAGACGUUGACCCUGAUGUUGACGCAGACUUGCCUUGGCCUAAUGGAAAACCCGGUGCGAAGAAGACUGCGCCAUCAACGAAGCCAAAGCCUGAGGAACCGGAGGAUGAGCCAGAAGAAGUAGAAGAGGAGCCAGAUUUGGUUUCAGGACCAGGAGACAAACCGAAACCUGACGUCAAAUUUAAAGAUCCAAAGGAUGAACCAAAGAAGCCUAAGAAGAAGCCUCUUAAGGUUAAACCAGCAGAAGGGGACACCGAUCCAGAAGUAGAUGCCGAUUUGCCCCUUCCUAAGGGGAAGCCUAGUCCGAAGAAGACUGCUCCAUCAAAGAAGCCGAAGCCAAAAGAACCGGAUGAUGAGCCAGAAGAUGUAGAAGAGGAGCCAGAAUUGGUUUCAGGACCAGAAGACAAACCGAAACCUGACGUCAAAUUCAAGGAUCCGAAGAGUGAACCAAAGAAGCCUAAAAAGAAGCCUCUUAAGGUUAAACCUGCAGAUGGUGACACCGAUCCAGAUAUAGAUGCAACAAUCCCACUGAAUCCAGAUGAACCUGAUGAAGAGCCAGAAACAGAUGGAACAUUUACUUUGCCUCGGAAGCCAGCGGAAGAUGAGGUUUUCUUUUUCAGCGAUCUCUUAAUGUUAGCACCCCGUAUUAAUCGAACAUUUCGGAAAACAUUAGAGAUCGAGUUUACAAUGUUGAAGAACUAUGAACUUCAAAAACCGGAGAAACCAAAAUGGGUUCCACCGCCGAGGACGCCUCCCGAACCGUACGAAUUUCCUCCGGAAGAGAAGAAACUGUGUGACGUUUUAAAGGAAGAGAAAAUACCACCAACCAAGAGAUAUGCCAAAAAACCAAAAGAAUUGGACGUCUAUAUUCCAUUCGUCAUUCCAUGGGAGCAGUGGCCAUGUAUACAAUCCCAAGAGGGUAUGGGUGCGUUCGGUAAACCGCGUGAUGCGUAUACCAAAAUUGAGCACGGCUCGAAGCCUCUUGUUCAGGGAGAUCUUCAUUCCGAGACAAUCAAUCCACUUCUAUCGCAAGACACAGGAGCUUCCUCCAAAGGCAUGAUGCCAUUUGGAGCGUACAGAAGGAACGUAUCCUCUGUGAUCGACAAUCAUGAUUUCGAUACAUCUAAGCUGAAACUGAGUGAGGGAAUCAUACCGAAGCAAAUGCAAGGAUCGAUACCACCACAAAACGGUGAAACUGUGAUGGGAUCGAUGCGAAAUCAGAAAACGAAUGUUAAAUAUUUGGACUAUAUGUCGGAUAGAUGUGCGCCUGAAUCACAUGCGUUCAUAAGCAAGCACUUUGCACCAACGUCAACCGAAAUGGCUGGAAGUUCGAUCAUUGAUCGAAGGCGCAAUGUGAUCGCUAAUGUUCAAGGAUAUGGUAAGAAUUUGGGCAAAUUCGAUACAGCAUCAGAAGCGAUUGUGCCACUGCUGUUCCAUACGCAGGAUAUCUACCAGAAAAGUGGCGCAGAUUUUGGCUCAUUCAGACCGGUGGUUGCCGAAUCCGAAGGAGGAUAUCACAUGACAUAUGACGAGGAGAAACUCUGCAAAAUGGUUGUUCCAUAUCAAGUUCGUUCACUCGUUUAUUCGGCAACUACAGUUUUCGUUCACAAUUUGCGCUCGCUUUAA